AUGGACACUCUGCCGCUUGAGCUCAAGCAGCGUGUCUGCAGCUAUCUGACACCCAAAGAUCUCAAGUCGCUCAGAUUGACAUCGAAGGUCUAUGCUGUCGCCGCUGGCCGCUACCUCUUACCACGCAUCUUCUUGUUCAAUCAUUCAGACAGUUUUCAGGAUCUCCAAGAUAUCGUCAACAAUCCGGAUCUGAGGCAUUCAGUCACUACCUUGAUUGUCGACACAUCAUGUCUGCCUCUUUUCCCGAAAUAUCAAGAUUGGGCACGUCUCUUCACAGAAGAAUCGGCAACGGCAGAUCAGACAGGUCCCUUGACUGCAGAGGCUGCCACGAAUAAGAACGAUACUCGAGCAAAAAGAGCUCUACGUCGUGAGAGAAACAAAACUUCCAUGCUGGACGGUAUUGCUCUCGCGUUCCAGAAGUGUCCAAAACUCAGCAACCUGGUCAUCGAGUGCUAUGGUCAGAGAAAAGAGAGCUCCACAAUGGCCGAGAAGAGAGAACGGUUCUAUCGCGACAUCCCGCUAGCAACCGCUCAACGCUCUAGAUACUGGUAUCACUGGUCUUGGGACUCUAUGUACUUCAAUUUCUGGGAUAUCAUGAAGCAGGUUCAUAAUGUCGAUCGUGCUUUGGGUUCUCUGGGUCGUGCUUCGAGUUUCUUGGCCUCCAUCGUAGCUCGCGCACCAAAGCUGGAGAGUGUUGGUCUUGUUGAUUCACUUGGCGACAAUCGUUACGAUGGACUGUUCUCAUUGAUGGGCGAGUCUGUUCUCGGAAACCUUCGAGUUCUCAGUCUGACCCAUCUGGGAUGCCAGGAGAAUGACUUGGUUCGAUUCCUUCUACGCCAUUCAAACACUCUCCAACGCUUGAAUAUCACUUAUCGCUACCCAGAAUGGUCAGUGGACUGGACUUCUUUUGCCACACGCGUCAGAGGUCAAUUGCCAAAUCUGAGACGUGUGCAGCUGGUCAAUCUGCCACGCUCAUACCACCUCCAACCCAUGAUCAACUUCUGGGCACAUCCUAUGCCGCAAAUUGACUACAUGGUCGAGAAAGACAUACUACAAGAUCACGAGCACGAAUUGGAGACUGGUCCGAUGGAGAUCGAGGACGGACUUUGGGCGGACUAUGAGAAGCUUUUCUUCCCUGCGAAGACCAAGAUGCAGAAGAGCCGAAACUAA